AUUAAAACCACUCCAAAACCUCGCAAACACUCGCCGGAGAAGAAGAAGAAGAAGAGUCUCCGAUGCCUCUCGAAACCCUCCGCUUCUUCGCUCGUCUCCAGAAGCUCUCCCUCUUCCCUCGCACCACCACCUUCAACCUCCGCCUCCACCGCCUCCUCCGCGCCUCCCUCGGCGACCUCGCCCUUCAAGAUCCUCUCUUCCUUCGUCUCCCGCGGCUUCCGCCCCCAUCUCUCCUCUGUGAACGCCACACUACACCUCUUCUCCCUCCUCCGCAACCCAGCCGCCUCCGAAUCCCUCCUCUCCUCCAUGCCCGCCCUCUCUCUCCACCCCGAUCUCUUCUCCUUCAACUCCCUCCUUCAUGCCUACUGUCGAGCCGGCGAACUCUUUGGCGCCUCCCGCGUCAUUCCCCGUGUCCUCUCCCUUGGCCUCCACCCCGAUCCCGUCACUUUCAACACCAUCAUCGCCGCGCUCUGCCGGCAAAGCUUGCGGCUUCCGGCUCUGUGUUUUCUCGGAGCCAUGCGCAAGUACUGUAAGCCUAAUGUCGUCACUUACUCUACUUUGAUAGAUAUGUUCUGCAAAAUGGGUGAUUUGGAUAGUGCUCACAAGGUGUUUAUUGAUAUGCGCUUUGAGAAUGGAGUCUUGCCGAAUGCCGUGACUUUCACUUGUUUGAUCGAUGGGUUUUGCAAGAACGAUAGAUUGGAUGAGGCGUUGAGGUUGUAUGAGAGAAUGGUGGAGAUGGGAAUGUCGCCGAAUGUAUUCACGUUUAACGCUCUUGUGGAUGGGGUUUGUAAGCAAGGAUUGAUGGAGAAGGCCGAGAAAGUGUUUGAUGAAAUGCGUGAGAGAGGAGUGAAGCCUAAUGCUGUUGUUUAUACAUCCAUGAUGAAUGGGUAUUUCAAGAAGGGGGAUUUGGAUGCGGCAAUGAGGUAUUUCAAUGAAAUGCAUGGAAGAGGACAUCAGCUUGAUGUUAAGGGUUAUGGAGUGGUUAUCUCCGGGUUUUGUAGCAAUGGCCAAUUGGAUAGAGCUUUAGCGGUUAAGCAAGAGAUGGAGAAGAGGAAUUUGGUUGCCGAUAAGGUUAUUUUGACCGUUCUCAUGUAUGCUUACUUUAGAGCUGGUGAUGUGAAGAAGGGUUUGUGUUUGUUUGAUGAAAUGAAUGGGAGUGGGAUGGAUCCUGAUGCAGUUGCUGUUUCAGUGGUGGUGGAUGGACUAUGCAAGAAUGGGCUUCUGAAAGAAGCAAAAGAAUUUCUUUCAAGAGCAAAACACACUAAUGAAGUCUCACAUACUAUACUUUUUGAUGGAUUUUGCAAGUUUGGAGAUAUAAACGAGGCCGAGAAGGUUUUUCUCAAAAUGUCAGAGGUGGGUAUUAAGUUUGAUAAGUUUGGGUACACAUCACGUAUUGCAGGGCUCUGUAGAGAAGGCAAUGUCAUGGAGGCAUUUCAGCUGAAGAAUGUUAUGCUACAGAAUGGUGUCGAUCCUGAUUUACUUACUUUUAGCACUCUUAUUUGGGGUUUGGCCGAAAGAGGACUAAUGGUUGAAGCGAGACAGGUUUUUGAUGAUAUGGUGCAAAAAGAAAUCACUCCAGACUCUGUGGUGUAUGAAAUCCUGACCAGGGGUUAUCUCAAGCAGAAUGACACUAGUGCAUUGCCAGGAUUGCAGCAUGAUAUGGAAAAGAGAGGUCUGAUAAGGAAAACCAAAUCAUAAUCAGGAUACAAAAAGGAUUUCCUUGAAUUUUGUAGACUAACAGUUUCGGUGUGAAAGGAGCUCUUCUGAAGCAUAGUAUAUGAGUAAAACAAGAGUUGCUAAGGGACUGCACAACGGAUAAAGACAAAAUUUUUCUGCUGUAAUGAAGAUGUAUACUUAGUUGAAGCUGCAAUAGAUUCUAUUCAGAAAGCACCGAGAAUAUUGACAGUACAGCAGAGGUGGAUUUGUAUUAUUCCAAUCCUAAAGGGAUUGAAGAUAAAGAGAACAAGUAGUCUGAUUGGAGUUUCA